CCCCGAGCCGCGAGCCCCCCGCCGCCAUGGACCCCAAGGACCGCAAGAAGAUUCAGUUCUCGGUGCCCGCGCCUCCCAGCCAGCUCGACCCCCGCCAGGUGGAGAUGAUCCGACGCCGGAGGCCAACCCCUGCCAUGCUGUUCAGGCUCUCCGAGCACUCCUCACCAGAGGAGGAAGCCUCCCCACACCAGAGAGCUUCGGGAGAAGGGCACCACAUCAAGUCGAAGAGAUCCAACCCCUGUGCCUACACACCCCCCUCGCUGAAAGCCGUGCAGCGCAUUGCUGAGUCCCACCUGCAGUCCAUCGGCAACCCGACCUCGGAGGAGGAGGAUGAGCUGGGUGAGCUUCGGGAGCUGGGCUACCCCAGGGAGGAAGAGGAGGAUGAGGAGGACGAGGACGAUGAGGAAGAAGAGGAGGAGGAGGACAGCCAAGCCGAAAUCCUGAAGGGCUACAGGGGACCUGCUGGGCAGAAGACAACCUGUGGUCAGGGUCUAGAGGGGCCCUGGGAGCGCCCACCUCCUCUGGAUGAGCCUCAGAGAGAUGGAAGUUCUGAGAACCAAGUGGAAGACCAGGCUCGAAGUGAGCCUGGGGAGGAGCCACAGCACCCUGAGCGCGGCACAUAGGCACCCAGUCUUGCAUCUCCCAGGAAGGAAGUAGAGGGGACAUCGUUGUUCCCCAGAAACCCACUCUGUCCCUGCCCUGUUUCGUACUCUUUCCCUCUUGCUAGGGCUGCGGCUUCUGACUUCUAGAAGACUAAGGCUGGUCUGUGUUUGCUUGUUUGCCCACCUUUGGCUGAUGCCCAGAGUCUCUGGGCACUUGCUUCCUGAUGCCUACCCCUGCCAGUCAUUCCCGCAUUCACCCAGGAGGAGGCAGGAUGAGUUUGUGUUGGCAACAGUAAAUAGGGGAUAAAGGUUCCUUUGCAUUUCCCCCCCCAGACCCUCUCCGCUGGGCACAGGAAACCCACAGGGCAGGACCCUAAAUCUGGGGAAAUGGGAUGCUGAGAACCUGUAUGUGCCCUUAGACCUUACCAUUCCCUCUCCUAUUCCAAGUCCACACCCCUCACUGGCUUCUACCGGGACCCAGGCUUCAGGCAUCCUUCUCUACAACCCCAACAUUUUGGACAACUUCUGCUUCUCACCCCUGCUCUCCUGCCUGGGCGCCUGGAAGAUGGACUGGCAGAGGCUGCUUUGUUGCGUUUUGUUUGUGCUUUGAUGCCAGGAAUGCCGCCUAGUAUACCUCUUUGGGGGGGGCACAAAGGUGGGGGGCUUGUCCUCCAGCUGCUCUGGCCCCUUCCCCUCUUCCCUGACUCCAGGCCUGAACUGCUCCCAUGCUGUAAUAAAUCUU